AUGCCCGCAGAAGGCGUCUGGAUCUCGCCCACGGGCCAGAAAGUCUUUAUCCCACUGGAAAACAACCCCGAUGUGUUUGCCUCUCUGGCGCUCGACCUGGGGAUAUCCCCCUCGCUGGGCUUCUACGACGUCUACUCUCUCGACGACGCAUCCCUCCUCUCGCACAUCCCUCGCCCUGUGCUCGCCCUGAUCCUCAUCUCGCCUAGUGACAUGCAGACGGCGGUCCGUCAGCAAGACGGCCUCCCAAAGAGUGCCAAAACCCUGACGUACGACGGGAGCGGUGCGGAUGAAGCCGUCGUCUGGUUUCGUCAAACAAUCGGCAAUGCGUGCGGCAUGUAUGCUCUUCUGCACUCCGUAGCCAACGGGGAAGCCAGAAGGUUUGUGCGAAGCGGCUCCCUGUUGGACAAGCUUCUUGAGGAUACCGCGCCGCUGAAGCCUGAAGCCAGAGCCAAGGCUGUGCAUGAUAACCAGGAGCUGGAGGAAGCUCACAUGCGCGCGGCCAGAUUGGGGACCUCGGAGACGCCGCCAGCCAAUAUCCGCGCUGGGAAUCACUUUAUAUCCUUUGUCAAGGGGAGAGACGGGCAUCUCUGGGAGCUCGAGGGUAAUGCGGAUGGUCCGAUUGAUCGGGGCAAGCUGGCGGAAGGUGACGAUAUGCUUGGGGGGAAUGCCAUCGGGCAGGGUGUGGGAAGAUUCAUCCAGUUUGCCAAGGGUAAUUUGAACUUUAGCAUCGUAGCUUUGGCUAAGAAGGAGGAGGGGAAGGAUGAUUGA